GAGUGAGAGCACUCCCUGCCCAGCUGCACAAGGGAGGGCUAACAGCACUACCACCAAGCAUGAAGCUCCUGGGGACUGCCUUCUUUUUCCUUUCUGUACUCUGUGUUUGCACUGUGGGAGAAGAUGGCAUUCAAACCACUACUGUCAAGACAACCACUUCUGCAGUAACAUCAAAAGCUGGGGAAUCUGUGACUACAAGAACUUCACAAGCAACGACAUCGACAGCAUCAGUGCUGACAACAGCUGCAGUCAGAGCUACAAAUGAAACUACCACAAGCAGCCCCACGUCUUCUUCACCUAAUGCUACAUCACAAACAACACAAGACACAACAGAAGAAACAUCAGCUGUGACUUCAGCAGCAAGUACAAAUCUCAGCACAACAAACACUACACAAUCAAGUGGAGCACAAUUGGCACAAAAUGAGAGUUUGGGUGCUGCACCUACUACGAGACAGUCUUUUACUUCUACAGUCUCUCCUAAAACAAACGCUUCUGCUUCCGGAACCUCAGGCCUUCCCAUGAGCUCUCCAACACAUUCAACAAAGCCAACUUCUGAAAGUCCUAAAAGCAGUGCUGGAAACCAGACUCAUACAGGGAGUAGUAUCAGCUAUUCUAAUGUUAUCUUGCCAAUUGUCAUCACCCUGAUAGUCAUUACCCUCUCUGUCUUCUCACUGGUGGCUUUGUACAAAAUGUGCCAGAAGAAAACUCCAGAGAGACAAGAGAAUGGCGCUGAACAGGCCCAGUCAGAUAAAGAAGGAGUCAAACUUCUUUCUGUGAAGACAACUUCUUCUGAGACUGGAGAGCACUCAUCUCAUGGGAAGAAUAAAACUCGGCAAAUCUUCACAUCUCAGCAAUAAAUAUAUGUGAAGCAGCCUGUUUUAUCAGAAUAUGCAAGAACAUCUCACCAAAGUUGUGUUUCAACGGGAAAUGUGGAGAAGCUGAAGCUUUUUACCAUCAGGACACUUGUGUGAAUGACCGGGUUUUGACUUCUAAAUCUCAAGCAUCUCCUUUCCCUUCUGGAAUGACAUGUAUUUUUUUUUUGAUGGCUUAAUAACUGGUAUACCAUGUAUAUUUAUUAUCUUCACAUAUAGUAAAAGCAGGGAAACAAGGUUGAAGAGAAUGUAAAAACAAGAUGAGUGAAGAUGAUGCAAAAAUUUGGAGAUGUUCGCAUAGUAGCUACUAAAAAUGUUUUCUGCACACACAGGAAGGAAUAAGUCAGCAUACUUUGUUGAACUUAUGGUAGCUAGGGAUAUUUUAGUUGUAUGUAGCAGAAUACAAACAGGAUCUGACCCUUGAAACAGGACUGGGCAAACAGCCACUAUGAAAAUUAAUUCUGUGAUUUGCAUGAGACUCCUCACUGUAGCACACGCUUUGCUUGUCAUAAAUGUUUACAGAGUGGGAUGCCUGGCUGAGAUGCUGAAGUGUGUGCUUCUUUUCUGUGAAGGGAGGAAUACACCUUGCACUGAGGCUUUUUGAAAUUGUGUAAAUUACUGAACAUAGUCCUUGCAAUGUAGCAGGCAAUAGCUGGUUUUCACCUGUUUCUUGGCUAAUUGCAUUAUGUGUGCUGCAAAUAUGACUCCCAUAUAGCCUGGGGCACACAGUGGGAAUCAGCAAGGUAAGCAAUUUCACAGAUGAACCUUCUUCCCUGUGUUCUGAGUAAUGCAUGGGAUCCCUGCAGGUUAUUGAAUAACUCUGGAAGUUCAAAGAGUGUUUCAAGUGCUAAUUACAGACACUCCUAAUUUGUACAGAGCCGGCAGUUCCAAAAUAUCAAGUAGUGCUUCUGCCUGCAUGUACCCUACCUUUCUAGAACUAUAAAUGUUUGAAAGUUGUAUUACUGUGAGCAUCUGCUCAGUCUCUAUCCACUGACUGUAGCAUUCCUAGAGUUACCUUUUUUUAAAUUGGGAAAUGGAAAGGAGACAACUGGUGGUCUAAGUGCAGGGCCAAGAUCUGGGACAAUCAUCUAAGUUUGGAUACCUAUUGAUACAAUGCUCUUGAGGACCUUUUCUCUCCAAUUUCCUUCUCUGAAAUAAUAAAACUUGUUUAGCAUGA